AUGCCCCCGGGACUAGUGUUCCCAAAACGCGAUCUUGUAAUAAUAGUUGAAACGUUCCGUCUGUUGCAUCGAUUUCAUCACGCAUCCAAAUCGCUCGUCUUUGGCGCGCGGAGUGUAAAUAAAGAAAAGCAAGAGAAGAAACUCGCCGCCGAUUUAGGGCCAAGAAAACUGGCCGCCGAGACGGGUAGCGGUCCGCGGAAAAUGGCCGACGGCGGAAAAAAGCGCGCCGCGCGACCGCCUCGAGCGAUUCGGAGUAGAGCGAAGUGGGUCGGCUCGGUCGGCCGCCCUCGGCGGCGCUCGGGUGCCUUCGUCAGCGUUCGGCGAUCGGCGCGCGCGCUCACAGCUACGAGGCGUCUCCACGGCAGCAGUCGCGUCCCAAAUCAAGGGAACCCGCCUCCGGCCAUCGAA